AAAAGGUUAGUAUGAAAAUACCAAAUCAACUUUUAAAAUUUCUUAAGAGAUGAUUAGAAUCAGGUCACCUGGAUUUUAACCAUGAGUUUACUAUGCACUGGCUGUGUCACUCCAGGUAAACUAUUAAAUCUUUUGUCCUCAGUUUCAUCAGUUCUAAAGUGGAAACAAUAAGCAAUAAGGAUUUACUGUAUAGCACAGGGAACAGUAUUCAAUAUCUUGUAAUAAUCUGUAAUGGAAAAUAAUCUGAAAAAAUAUGUAUAUAACUCAAUUACUUUGCUGUACGUUAUAUACUUUGCUAUAACACAGUAUUGUAAAUCAGCUAUAACUUCAAUUUAAAGAAAAAAAAUGGGAACAAUAAUAGUUUCUCAUCGGGUUACUGUAAAUGUGUACAGUUCUUAAAACACAGCAUAGUGUCUGGAACAUAGUGGACAUUCAAUAUGUUAUCUAGUAUUUAUUAUUAUUACUUAAAUAGCUAAACCCAGAUAGUGGGUGUAUUUUUUAAUGUUAAAAAAAAAAAAAGGUCAAAGGCAGACUUAUCCCUUCAAUGACUGAUUUUAUCUACAGCAUUAACCAGGUUUUUCAAAUCACGAAACUUGGGCCUGUCAGCCUACCACUUGGAAAUAACUGUGAGCUCAACUAUUUCCAAGUACAUAUAAUCAGGUCCAGGUAAAGACUUUUUCAAAAUUUAUUUCUGUUGUUCUGGGGAAGCAUUUGUUUGCCUCAUAACAUUUCUUUUUUAGAAGUAGAAUUUAUCGUGGUGAAGUUUAACAUCCUAGAGACCAAAAAAAAAAAAAGUCUGCAUAGUUUCUAUAGAAGUGUAGCUUCUGGAACAAUUUCAAAAUGAAACCCCAAAGACAGUGCAUUAAUGCUGAGAUAUACUUGGAGAUAUCACUACAUUAAAAAAAAAACAUAAUGUGCUUUAUAAAUUAAUCUCAAGUCUGAACCAGACACAGAAGGGUGGAAAGCCAGAAUUCUGUACCCACAUAAUCAACAGUCUGUGGAAACUCUGGGAACCAUGCCACUAGUCUCCAACCUAGCAUAGUUGGGAAAUGACACAUUCUCUAAGGAGCUCUUGUCCAAGAAAUGAGUGGGCCACAAAGCACAGCAGUGAGGUCCAUAAGCUUGUUUUAUGAAUGAAGAGUGUGAGGUGUACUGGCCCUAAGCUCAGCAUCUUUAUGCAUGUUGUAAUUUCUAAUUCUUCAGUUUUUAUCCUAGUGAUGGAUUGGUAUAACAGAAUUCUACCAGGAAAAAAUAAUGUCAGCCGUAAGAAUAUUGUUUCAUACUACUGCAGAAUUAUUUUAAAUCAAGUUUUCAUAUUUAUCUCCAGUCCUAGAUCAGAUCUUCCUACCUGCCCCUCCCCACCAAAAAAGGAAAUGGAUGGUAUAUACAAAAAGCCAGAAACUUAAAUCAAUUUUAUUCACACUUCCCAUGAAAGGCAGUUAUAUUUUUACAUAAAAUCAUUGACACAGAGAACAAGAAAACUCUUAAGAUUAAUAUAACUGAUUAGACACACAAUAUAGAAAGUAAACUGAAAAUUAAAAAUAGCAUACUUUAAUGAUUACAUUUAUAUCAUAUUUUCUACUAAUUUAUAGCAGCAUCAGUAAGAUUCAUGUAUUCUUUAAUAAACUAGCAGCAAAAAUUUUUAACUACACAAAUUCAGUAGAUGUUCCCCCCACUGUUUCACUCAUACAGAAUUUAUCACAUUAACGUAAAAAAACCACUUCUAUUUCCUAAAGAAAAAGAUGGGAAAGAUUUCACAAGUCAGCAGUUUCCCAAGGAAAGAAGGGAGGAAUGAGGAAGGAAGCUGAAAAAAAUUGGUGGCAGUUACCAAAAAAUAAAUUCUCAACCACCUUGAUCAAUUAUGGGUAGCUUCUGUGGCAUCUCUAUGUAUGUGUAUGUUAGUGUUAACAUAAAAGCUGUGUUAACUUUGCUUUCUGAUUUAAUACUGCAGCUGAAAAAUAUGUGGAAGUUCCCAGGAGGCCUGUCAGAGCCUGGAGAAGAUAUCGGAGAUACAGCAGUUAGAGAAGUUUUUGAAGAGACUGGUAUAAAAUCAGAAUUCAGAUCCCUCCUGAGUAUUCGGCAACAGCACACCCAUCCGGGAGCUUUUGGGAAGUCAGAUAUGUAUAUUAUCUGCCGCUUAAAGCCAUAUUCAUUCACCGUAAAUUUUUGCCAGCAUGAAUGCUUAAAGUGUGAGUGGAUGGAUCUCAGUGAUCUAGUCAAGACUAAAAAUACAACUCCCAUCACAAGCAGAGUUGCAAGACUGCUGCUGUAUGGGUACAGAGAAGGGUUUGACAAAAUUGAUCUGACCAUGGAAGAACUGCCAGCAGUUUACACAGGCUUGUUCUAUAAACUCUAUCACAAGAAACUGCCAGACAAUUACAAAACUAUGACAGGAAUGGAUUAAAUUCAUAUGUACAUGUUUUUUAAAUGUUUGUUUUUACAUGUAGAUUAAUGUGUGCCAUAUUAUAGGAAGUAGUGGACAUUUGGGUUAAUAAGUAAAUAUGACUUUAAUUUUCUAAUGUCUUUAAUUUCCAUGAAGAAAACUUGUUUGUACACAUUUUGAAAGCCUCUUUUCAAAUGAAGCAACUGUAUGAGAGAUUGUAGCUUUAAGUAAAUUUCACUGGAUAAAAGGAAAUGCUAUAUAAAAAGUGGAAGUGUAUACAUUUUCCAGGAA